AUGCUGCACGUUUGGCUGGCUUCAGGUGAGAGGUUGGCAUCAUUGCCGUUGGAGGAAUGGAAGGAUGUACGAACUUUGAAGAAGCACCUGCAAGGCUCUUGCCAGGUCCCACGGUUUAGGCAGAGGAUCCUUUGUGAUGGAGCUGCCCUGCAUGAUGAUUUUCGAUUCACUUCACCCGUGGACCUGCAACUUGUCCUCUUGUCAUUCCUUCCCGCUUCGAAGAUUCAGAUCGACGAGCUUUCGGCUGCUUCUGAAGAUGGCGAGGCCUCGGCCGUUGAGCGAAUCUUGCAGCGUCCGCAGGACCCAGAUCUCGUCAACCUCAAUUCCAUGUACGAACUUUACGACACGCCCCUCGUUGCUGCGGCAGGGAAUGGCCACACGCAGGUUGUGCAACUGCUUUUGGAGGCCAUGGCUGACAAGGACAAGAAAGGAAAUCACGAUGAAACGCCGUUGACCGCGGCGUCCCGCCAGGGAUGUGAAGAGGUGGCCCGUCUCUUGCUGGAUGCUGGUGCUGAUAUCAACGCCGCGGGAAGCGGGGGACCACUUAGUGCGUCGGCAGGUGUAGGCAACGUGCGCAUCGUGCGCAUGCUCCUCGACGCGGAGGCAGAUGUGGAAUCAGCAAACAAGAACGAGCACUGCGCGUUCUACUACGCACCGCUCGUGGCCGCGUCACGGGGUGGGUAUACUGAUGUCGUACAUUUGCUCUUGCGGUCCCGUGCAAGAAUAAAUGCGGAAUGCAGAUUUAGUGGUAUGACUCCUACUUUCGCUGCAGCCAGACAUGGCCACGCUCUGGUGAUGCACCUGCUGCUGCAGUCUCGUGCCGACGCAGCGAAAUCGUGCCCAGGAGUGGAGAUAAGCGCGGCCACUCCUCAAGCAGUAGCUGAUCGUUAUGGCCAUGUCCACAUCAUGCGCAUGCUGUUGGAGGCCGGUGAGCACAGCAAAAAAUCCAGAUAA